AUGUUAAAUGGGCCAGUUCUUAUGAUACUGUUUUGGUUUCUAGAUGCUGCUUCAACAAGGCUGAGACACAUUGGCGUUGUUAGUAUUGCGGUCAGUGUUAUUUUUGCAGUAGGAUUUGAAGUCUGGAAGAAGUAUAAUGCUCCUCUCACGUCUUUUUCGUUGCCCUCCAAUACUCCUUACCUUAUUGGGAGAGAUGCUGAAGUUGAAAACAUUAGCCAGUUGUUGUCAUUUAGGGGAAGAACAGGAACUGAUGAAAAUCCUAACAUAGUCAAUAUUGUUGGAGCUCCAGGAUUUGGAAAAUCAACUCUUGCAAUUGCUGUUGGAAAUGAGUUACUGAAACGUGGUAUACAUGUUCACUAUGCCGAUCUCAAUGGUGUAAAUUCGUCACAGGAUGCAACUGCUACCAUAUUAGAUACUGUUACAUGGAAAUUGGGUGUAAUCAAUGAUAAAAAUUAUGUGCAUUGGGCGAAAAGCGUUCAUCGUAGAACAGUACUCAUUUUAGACAAUUGUGAUGACUUGAUGCAAGGUGAAGCAGUCAGAAAUGCUUUUUUCAAAAUCCUGACUGAAAUAUUGUUGAUGAGUCACAGCUUGAGACUGUUGACAACGGCGCGAUAUAACUACACUAUGUUGGACGUGAAAACUGUUUCAUUUCUAGUUCAGUCACUUUCUACAAAGUAUGCUACACAACUUCUUUUAGAUAUGUCACCACAUACAAAAUCAUCUGCUGCUUUCUCACUUGCUAAUCUGACUGGUAGAGCAGCUUUGGCCAUAAAAAUAGUUGGAGGUUUGUUGAAUGAAGGAGAUCUUGAAGAACAAUUAGUAAAAGAACUGUCUAUGAGUCCAAUAAAAACCCUUAGUCCGCAAGAGUUUCAACCAGAGGCUCAAAUUAAAGUGGUCAUUGCUUCCUCAUUUCGUCGCCUUUCUAGCGCACUAGUUCAAUGCAUAGCCAUUUUGGCUCAUAUGCCCGGAUCGUUUGAUGAAAGUGCUGCUGCAGCAGCUCUGAACAUAGAAACGCAUUCAGCUCGGAAGCUGUGCCUGAAGCCAAUUACAAAACGAUGUUUGUUGGAAUUUGAUCAUAACAUUAAGAGAUAUCACAUGCAUAAAUUGAUCAAUGCUUUUGUAAAAGAGGAACUUCGGAUGCCCAUUGGCAGUCAAACCAUUAGAGAUCGACUAGUUUAUCAUUUUUUCUACCGACUUCUUCAUCUAGCAGCAAAAUACGACGAAAAUCCAAGAGAUGUGCUACGAAUUUACGAUCGUGACCAGCAUAAUUUUCAAAACGUCGUUACGCAUUAUAUGAACAUAACUAUUGCUGUUACUGGCAACGAUCUUGUGCGUCUAAGUGUCGUGAUGCUGUCAGAACAAGCAGCAAAUCUCUUCUUUAUUCGCUUGCCUGCUGAUCAACUUUUUCGUUGGUAUCGUGCUGCUCGUGAAUAUGCUGCUCGGCUAGAAUAUGGCAAAAGCAAAGAAAACUACUGCAACGUUGUCUAUUUACUCAUAAAAGCGGCAAUGAAGGAAGCAAACAGAAAUCACAUUAACAUUACUCUGCAUUUGGAAGAGGAGAGUCAUUUACAUUUGGUCGCGCAGUGCAGCGAUGACUUAAGAUUUCGAAUGGUUGAACGCAUUUGCAUUAAACCUUACGAAUUGUUGUUUGAUAUUCCAGAUAGCGUAUUUGAUUGCUAUCAUACACACGCUCAAAUUCUGAUGCUACCAGUUGGUCAUAACCACAGUUUCAUGUGGCUUGGACAUCAGUUUUACAAUCACAGAGUUAACAAUGCAGCUUUGAAAUGUUUUAUGAAGGCAGGAGCCGACUUUGGUGACACAGACGUGCAAGACAAAGUGUUGCAUUUGGAAUCUGCAUUUGACGUGUUCGAGGGAAAAGGUGAACUCGACAAGAAUCCCUUGUUGCGCAAGAUGUUUGCAAUUGCUAAUGACGAAGCCGUUUCUUCUUCGCAAUUGCAUACUGUGUUCAUUGACAUAGGAUCACUGGGUAUUCGGUUGUCAAAUUACUACGUUGCAAUUGAAUCUCUGCUGCGUGGUUACGAAAUCCUAAAGGAUUUAGUCAAUGAAAACGACGAACAAAUUUUAAGGGUUUAUUAUUUACUAGGAAAAGCGUAUUCUUUGUCUGAUCAUUUUGAGGAAGCUGUGAACUAUUUCAACAAAAGUUUGUCAAUUUCAAAAACGCUGUUAGGAAACGACCAUUGGCAUACUGCUCUUUGUCACGAGAGACUUGGAAUGGCUAUGGCCAAACUCGAGGUGGUUGACGCUGAAGAAGUUGAGCUAAAUUUGAUGGAAGCGGCUAGAGUAUACGGAGAGGUACUUGAAGACAAUCGAAAACUAUUCAAUGUCUUGAUGAAUAUUGGCCAUUGGCGUGCUAUACAGUUCCGCCUCUUUUCUGCAGCAGAUUAUUACUACAAAGCGUAUCGCAUUCUGUACAAAAUUAAUGGAACAAAACCACAAUCUGAGACUGUUUCAAGUAGCACCACAAAAGACUUGCAAAUCUCUCAACCUUCUGUUAGCAUUUAUUGGGCGUACUCUGCUUCUAAACUGUACAAAUAUGCAGCUACGCUGAUGCCCGACGCUGAAGAUCCGUUUGUGAAUUUUUACUGGUCAUUCUCGACUAUCUUUUGUACACGUGUUGCCUUAGUAUGUGUUUCUUUUUUACUUUUUAUUCUGAUUAUUGUUAUAUUAUUGGACUAUUGUGGCAAGUAA